UACGAGGCACAGUGACGUCGGGUCAGCUAAGUUGUAUGCAGCUGUGGCCUAAGAAAAGAUUCUCAUAACAGUCAAAAUCGACCACGUUUUAAAAGUCUUAAAAAAUGACGUUGUUUCACUUUGGAAACUGCUUGGCACUUAGCUGUGGACCAUAUUUCAUUUUGUACUGGUCAUCAGGAUUAUCAGAAUAUAGCUCUUUCUGGAAAUGUAUGAAGGCAGGAGGAGCAUAUUUUAUCACACAACUUUGCAAGAUGUUAGUUCUUGCAAGUUUCUUUCCCAUGUCAGAUGUGCCUGUGGAUCAAAUUGAUAUCAUUGGUGAAACAAUGAAGUCAACAAUGGAUCUUGCUGAUCUUGUUGGUUUCCAUAUGAUAAUGAGCAAAAUUCCAGGAAGAGGAGAGUUGAAAGUUCUUGUAGCUGGUUUAGGAUGGGCAAGUGCUGAAUUCUUGACUACAAAAUUAGUUCCACUUUGGGUUGGUGCUAAAGGAAUUGAAUUUGAUUGGAAAUAUACACAGAUGAGUUUAGAAUGCAAUGUUAAUCUGGUACACUACAUUGGUAUUGCAACACUCAUUUGGCUGCUCAAUAGAACAGACCUACAAAAAGCCUACUUGCCUAUUGUGUUUUUAUUGCUUGGUCUUGCAUCUUACAGGCCAUUAGUUUUGGAAUUGGUCAGCUAUCUUUUCGGCAUUACAUCCUGGACAUUGCUAGCUCUCAAGGCAGUUUAUACAGGAGUAGUGGGUACUUUGGCAUUGCAGUUGUACCUGGGUCUCGUCAAGACAUUUAAGACAUACUAAUACGACUAUUUUGGUCUGCAAGCCUCGACAAACUGCUAUUCACUGAAGACUGGGAAUAUCCUGCCUGACAAAAUCUACAUUUACAGUGAAAAAGGGCAUGGAGAAGAGCCACGUAAUCACAAUUACUUGCGGUUUUAGAUUGAAGCUACCUUCUGGUAAUCAAGAACAUUGAAAAACAUUUUUCUCUCUAGUGUUUUGUAUUCUCUCGCAACUAACAGUCUUGAAAUGCGUCAUAUGAAAAGGUUCUGGUUGAA